ACCAGUAUACGUUAGCAACCGGUUCCGUAAGCUAUAUCUCAGAAAGGAGAAUUUCACUUAAUUUCGAAUAUAUAUUUAUCGGACUCAUUUUGGGCACGCACCAGACCACUUACACUUCCGGUGUUGGUCAAAUUAAAAGCCCUUUCCCUUUACGCCGAAAUUGAUUUCACUCUCGGCAUUUAAGUUUAAACAAAUUCUUUUCUGUCAUCACAGCACCAUUCGAGCAGCAUAUGUAAGUAACGCUGGUCUCGUAUCUCCGUGUGACGUUACUUCUCCUCCCGCCGGCGUUACGUUACCAGGCACUUUCCUCCGAGCAAAGAUGGCGGAAGACGAGAAGAGUGCUGAGCCCCUGGACGACAAGAGCGAGCUGCAAAUUCUGAAGGAGCUCGUGGAUGAGCUGUAUAACUUCAGAGAUUGCUACUUUGAGACUCACAGUGUGGAGGAAGCUGGCAGGAAACAAACGGACACCGCGCAGGAGAUCCAGAAGACCCUGAAGAAGCUGGAGGAGAAAGAAGAUCAAUUCAAACACAAAGCAGAGUUUCUGCUGCAGAAGGGAAGGUGUCUAAAUGUAGCGCCGGACUUCAGUCCCGAGGCGGAGGAGUGCCUUUCCCGGUCGGUGAAGCUGGAGCCCGGCCUGGUCGAAGGUUGGAACACGUUGGGGGAGCAGUACUGGAAAAAAGGAGACCUGAUCGGUGCCAGGAACUGCUUCACCGGAGCCCUGCAACAGAGCAAAAACAAGGUGUCUCUGCGCAACCUGUCCAUGGUGCUGAGACAGUCUCCGGCGGCAGACAGCGACGCACACGCCAAGCAGGUGAUGGAGAGUGUGGCCAUGGCCCGAGAAGCCGUGCAGCUGGAUGUCAUGGACGGGACGACCUGGUACAUCCUGGGAAACGCCUACGUGUGCCUGUUCUUCACCUGCGGACAGAAACCCCAACUCUCUCAACAAGCCCUGAGCGCCUACGCGCAAUCCGAGAAAGUAGACCGAGCUGCCUCGUCUUACCCCGAGCUGCAUUUCAACCGAGCCAAGCUGUUCCAGUACGAGGAGAUGUACGGGAGUGCGCUGGCCGGCUACAGCCGAGCCGCGGCGCUCGACCCCGGCUGGGAGGAGCCUCUGGAGAGGGAGAAGCAGCUGCUUUUGUACCUGAAGAACAUCACGGAACUCCUACAGAACAAGGGGAAGGUGAAGGCGCGUAGGUUACGGAUGAUGCUCUCUGACCUCAACACGUCGCGCUUGGGCCCCUGCUCCUCCCCUCACUUUCGAUCCCCGACGGGCCGCGUUGGCAGCCUGGAGCCGCGCAGCAUCUCCUCCCUCACGCACGGACACAACGUGGGGUUGGCCGCUGUGGGCAAGGUGGUGUUCAGCCUGGCCUCGGAGGGUCGCGUGGCCUUCACGUUUGGAAUGGUGGACAGCGAGGAGUCGUACGUAGUGGUGAUGGUGUACAACAGAGCGGAGAGCUGGGGCGUCCUGAUCGGAGACACCGUAGUCAUUCCUGAACCUCAGCUCAGACGAAACAGCAUAACACACAAAGACGAGUCGUUCGACUUCAGAAGUAUCCGAGUGGACUCGCCCCUGCUGCUCCUGGUCAACGGCAAGAUACCAAAUGCCCAAAGUCAAAUCGCUGCGUCCGUGAGCUACAAGCCGCAGAGCGAAUGAGCCGAAGAAGAAGAAGCAGAAAGGACCAACUAGUUUUUCCUGGUUCAGAAAGACUUUGGCUCAUUAAGGAAGUUCAAAGUUUCCCAAAGUCUGUGCCUGUUUUACGUGUUUUUUUUGUAAAUAGAAGUUACCCUGUAACUUGUCUUUAGGUGGACAUUUUGUUUUAUAUUUAUAAAUAUUACUUUUUUUAAUAUUCUGUUGAAUGCGCUGAUUUUCUGGCCGGAUUGUGAUUAAAGUUCACCCUGAGCCAAAACCCCUCUUAUCUUAAACCCAUUAUUUGUUUGGUGUCUUAUGACAGCAGUUUUCAAUCAGUGAUCAGUGGGGGUCUCUUCCCCCCCAAAAAAGCUCAUGUAUACCGCAUUGAGCAGAGAUGUCAUUGUGAGUCACAUAGUUUUUAACAAAGCUGCAUAAAAGACUCCCAUUCCUGCAGUCUGCCUUAACCAGUGAGCCGCCUGCUUUGUUUGUUGUGCAGUGAGAAUCCUUUCAUUCCACAAAAGGUCUAGACCUCAAUGAGUCUUCAUUUUCCUUCUAUCAAUAACCAACCGUUUGAAUUGUUCAGUUAAAUGCAUGAUUGUUUUUUUUACGAUUGUCCCCUUUACCCCAAUCCUCCCGUAAGAUGGUGAUCUCACAUGGAAAUACUGGAAUCCUCCGUAUUACAUUCAUUUGACUAGAACCAGGUUAAGAUUUUAAUGUACUACUUACAUAAACACAUAGAGAACACUGUAAGGCACUUUGUAUACAGAGUUGAAGUACUUCUUAAAACAAAUGUAAAGCAGAGACCUGGACUUGAAAAAUAAACAUUAGCUCCCAUGUCUGCUUUGGUUCUAAAUGACAAUAAAUACUAUAAAAAUGCACUCGGGAGCACUAAGUUACUCCUCAAACGUUUGAACACUUGUUAACAAAUAAAAGUAAUAAAACGUUUCCACAGUCA